UGAAUGGGGACGUAAUCUUCAAUGGGCCAGCCUCACUCAUUCAAACUUCCAAUACACUUCAUGCUUAGCUUCUGCCGCCAGCCAAACCUAAUCCUCUUGUAUAUUUAAGUACUAGUCAAAUUAGCUUGCCUGAUACCAAGCUUUGAUACUCAUCACAGUUAUGUCUUUGGAAGCAAACCCGCCUUGAAUCAUCCUCGCAAUCAACCACAGCUUCUCACCCGCACUUUCACUCAUCUCAAAAGAAUCGCUCAUCGGAGAAUAUCUACCUAACAUCGGCUCUCAUUCUAUCUAUAUCUCAAAACAACAAAUUACAAAUCUUCAUCCAAAUUAAAGUUAGAGCAAAGCGAAAUCUUUCAAGAUGGCGGACAAGCAGCAGAAAUACCGCCAGGAGAUCCAGCAGAUGAUGUACGUCUCAGGCGAGCAAGGCGAGGUCUCCCCAGAAACAACCGCCAUGAUCGAAGAGAUCGUGCGGCAGCAAGUCAUCGAGAUGCUGCGCAACUGUACCGAGCUCGCCGCGCGCCGCGGCGCCCGCACCAUCACCAUCAACGACCUGAUCUUCCAGAUCCGCGACGACGCGCCGAAAGUAUCGCGUCUGCGCACCUUCUUAUCGUGGAAAGACGUGCGUAAGAGCGCGAAGGACUCGGACGAGAAGGGCGGCGACGCCGACCUGGGCGUAGCCGACGACGCGGCGGGCGGCGUGAUGCCCGGGGGCGCGGGCCCGAGCGUCGAAGAGGCCGCCAAGAAGAACAAGAAGGCCAAGGUCAAGCUCCCCUGGGAACCCAUGUCGUACUACAGCCAGGAGGUGCCCGAGUGCGAGGACGACGAGGACGAGGAGGAAGAAGAGAUGAACUCGAUCACCCUCGCGCGUCUCCAGAAGGCCGACGACCGCACGCGCGUGAUGACGCGCGAGGAAUACGUGACGUGGUCCGAGUACCGCCAAGCCUCCUUCACCUACCGCAAGGGCAAGCGGUUCCGGGAGUGGGCCGGGUUCGGCAUCGUGACGGACAGCAAGCCGUCGGACGACAUCGUCGACAUCCUCGGCUUUCUGACCUUCGAGAUGGUGCAGACGCUCACGGAAGAAGCCAUCAAGAUCAAAGAACACGAGGACCUGUGGAAAGAGCGCACGAGCGGCGGCGGUGAAAACGGCGCCACCACGAAGAAGAGGAAGCUGCAGCAGGGUUUGUUCGAUCCGCCAAGCGAGGGUAAGACGCCCGUCGAGACGAGACAUAUCCAGGAGGCGUUUAGACGGCUCCAGGCCAGACCGAGGAAGUCGAGGGCAAUGCUGAAUGGCACGCGGUUACCGCAGCACACGGGGCUGAAACUCAUCUAAUCUGGUCUACCUACUUACUCUCUACGAGUGAGUAUAUGAGCGCGAUCCCGGGUCUACACUUCAAUCGACACUGUCAUUCGCGACAAAAAUCUAAGACGGGGUUUACAGCGUUUUUCCCUUUUCAAAUGCAUUAUUUUCAAUUAUCGCGUUGGUUUACGUACGAAUGGAACGAGCAAUGGCGUUUAGGAGUUCCCACUACAUCUUUCUUUUCUUUCAGUAUAACUAGAUAAAAAUUAGUCCUUUUUUUGAUUUAUUUUUUUACGCUUAGUGGACGAAGCAUGGGGUACGGAACAGAGGAUGCGUUCAACUUGCCUGCUUGUGAAGGGAAUUGAAUACCUAUUGGGCGCUGUAUACAGUUUUGAUUCAUCUAGCUAUCUCCUCAACAUAAUACUAAAGCUACACGUUGAUGACAAAA